UGCUCAUUCUAACUAACUAAUAAGAGUUCUGUCUCAGUUGCUAACUUCCUUCUCCAUCAUCGUCCAUUCUUUGCACCAAAUUCUUCUCCUAGCUUCCAUUUUUUUGGUUGUUUAGAUUCCUGAUCGGAGUUCUCGUUCUGCCGUUCCUUGCAAUGGCUUCUUUCGCCGUCCCCUGUCCCAAGGUCUCGGUUCUGGUGCCUGCUUCAUCGGAUUCCGGCCGGAAACGGCAUCGUAUUGCGCCUUUCCGUCAAUCUGAUUCUAUUUUGGGUGCAUCUUCGAAGAGCAGUCAGUUUCAGGGAUGCAGCCAGAGGCACUCAAAUGUCUUUAAGGUUGCUGCUGAGAAAACAUCGAAUUCUGCUUCAGCUCCCAGAUCAAUUCAAGUGAAAGAGUCCAAUGACGAAAAUGGAAUUGCCAAUACACCAUCCAUUUCAGCCUUUCUGAAACAAGUUAUAGAUAUUGUCAAGCUUGUUGAUUCACGAGAUAUUGCGGAGUUACAUAUGAAGCAAAAGGGAUGUGAGCUUCAUAUCAAGAAACGAGAAGCUCUGCAAAAUCCAUCGAAUACUGCUCCAGCAUAUAUUCCACCUCCACCACAGCACACUACCCCUCCACCACCUCAAUUGCCUCCUGCAAAUCCUCCAGCUUCUACUUCUGCAAGUACUCGUCCAUCUACACCAACUCCUGCGCCGUCAAAGUCUAAGUCUUCACACCCCCCUUUCAAGUGUCCAAUGGCUGGAAACUUUUAUCGUUCGCCAUCUCCUGGCGCGGCACCCUUUGUGAAGGUCGGGGAUAAGGUCCAGAAGGGGCAAGUACUAUGCAUUGUUGAAGCUAUGAAACUGAUGAAUGAAAUUGAAGCUGAUCAAGCCGGCACCAUCGUUGAGAUACUGAUGGAAGAUGGAAAACCAGUCAGCAUCGACACGCCUUUGUUCAUCAUUGAGCCAUGAAGCAGAUCAUUGUCUAUCACUAGCCACAAAAAAAAAGGUAUAAAAUACUACUUCAGUUGCAGCAUGCUUUGGCUUUUUAGUAUGAGAAUGAUGAUGGAAAUAAAUGGAGAUAACAUUGAGGCCCUACCUCACAAAAUUUGUUUAUUUAAUCUCCUAAAUUAGCACAAAUACUUUUUUGUCUAUGUUUUAAAUUUAAAAAAUAAAUAUAUAAAUAGACCUAUAUCAUUUAAAAUUAGAAGGAAAUAGACUAGAACAAGUGCAAAAGAUGCAUAA